AUGCCUUUCUUGAGUCCAGAUUGGAGAUAUCCGGGAGACCGCUGGCUGCGGUCAAGUGAAUGUGGAAGCCUGUGGGAAAAUGCCAAGAUCUAUCGCUUGCGCAUGUUUGAACGAAUGAAUGAGACGGUGGUUAGACGACAGUCACUUAUCGAGGAUACAGACCAAUCUAUGAACUAUGUGAAUGAUCUUUUGAGAGUGGUCAUCUACCAACCUCAUGUCUAUCUCCGGAUAGGCACAGUUCGUGACGUCGUGACAACCACAACAAUCAGUGAAGCUUUGAUCGGACUGGAUUUGAAAGCAGCGAUCAGAGAUGUCAGGCGAUUCAAUUACGUGUGCAAAAUUAUCCAAAUACUUCUGAAGGAUCAUUUUCACCGGCUGACCGGCAGACUUCAGCUUUUUCUGAUCGAGUUGUUGAGGGCGAUUUUGUCUCAAGGUAACUUGCCAUUUCAUUUUCUACCUAGCGAAUUACGUUUCAUAGUUCAAGCAAGUUGCAAUCAGACUGCAAUGUUGAGGCAACUUUUGAGCGAUUUGCUGGACAAUCUAGAGAGGAACAAAUAUGAUCACAUCGGAAGUGCGAUACUGUGGGACAAUCAUCGGAAGGCCGUUGAUGAAAUGAAUGCGGAACUGGACGGAUUCGAUAUAGAGAAGUGCUUGAGGGCCGUUGCUAAGGAGCAACGAUCCAAACCACUAUCAGCCAGUGAAUGGACUCCAUCCACAGCGGACGACGUGAGCCUGGAAAAGCUCCCUACAGAAUGUCUUUCACGUGUCCUCUCCUUCGUUAAUUCACCACGAGACUUGGAAACUGCCUCACUGGCUUCCGGGGCAAUAGCUAGUUUGGUAGAGGAGGAUCAUCUGUGGCGCAACUUGACCUUAACCCACUUCGAUAUGGAGCAAAUGUCCUCAGUUCACUUUGGCCGCCCAGGUUGGCGUGAUGAACCUCCAGCCACCAUGGACGACUGCAAUUGGCGAAGGGCCUAUUUGCGUCUCCUCAAACGCUAUGGGGACCAACAUUUUUAUACUGCCAAAUUGGCGGCCUGCGAAGUGUGCUGUUGUAUAUUUUGGCCGCUUUUUGGACACCCUUGCCACUAUCCGAAACAGGAACCUCGUCUUCGUCUCCUCUCUCCAGAAGACUUCAUUGCGCUGUUUCCAAUCUAACCUUUGCUCGAUCAUGCAGGGACUUCGUGUCGUUUCCUACUCCAAACUGCUACGGUGCCUUGCCCAUCAACUACACGUCUCACUUUGAUCAGAUUUACCACAUUACUUUCAAACGAACCAUUGUUUACUAACGGAGCUGUUGCAUUUCAGCCCAUUGAGCUAACCAUUUCAACUCCGUUUUCACCUCGGCCAUCUUUGUAUGCAUUUGGUUUGAGUGUCCGCCAGUUGGUCCCUAAGAUAGUGACUUCAUCGGCAUUCAACUUGGCAGAUUUGUCCAUUCAUCAUCAUCGACUGCUUUCAGAAAGCUCGUAUUCAACAUGACUUUCAGAUGCCUAUGCAUAAUUUUAUUCACUUUUUCUAUUUGCUUAGUUUUCUUAUGAUCACCGUUUGUUUGGUUCAUUUUGCAUGACAGUGAGCGCCUUCACUUUUCUCCUUUUGUGCAUUGUCGGCGUGCGCCUCUAUAGUGAUCUAUAGUUACGACUUCGGUGCUGUGCGAAUAAGGCGUGAAAUGCCGAGGAUUCUUGUUCAUUCUCCAUUUGUUCUUUUUGUUUUAUUGUAGUUUGGUUUUUACGGCUUGAUUUCUGUCCUAUUAUUUUUACCCGUCGUGUCAUUCUGUUUAAUUACUAUUUAU